CGGCAGCGAUGAAACAGAAAUCUGCUCUGUCUAUGCAGCCGGCCCGGAAGAUGUUGACAUCGCUGUUGCAGCGGCACGAAAGGCGUUCAAGCACCCCGACUGGCGAGACAUGGACACCAAUACUCGAGCCGAUCUGUUGUUCAAGUUUGCUCAGCUCAUUGAUGCGCACAGGGAGACGCUAGCCACCAUUGAAACUUGGGACAACGGCAAGCCAUACUCGGUGUCCUUCAAGGAGGACCUAGGCGAAGUCAUUGGCACCAUCAAGUACUAUGCCGGGUAUGCGAACAAAAUCCAUGGCACUGUCAUUGACACUUCACCCGCCAAGUUGGCUUACACAGUUCGCGAGCCUCUCGGUGUCUGUGGGCAGAUCAUCCCCUGGAACUUUCCUCUGGCCAUGGCAGCAUGGAAACUGGGCCCUGCGCUGUGUACAGUGUAACACCAUCGUCCUCAAGGCUGCCGAACAGACACCACUUUCUAUCUUGUAUCUCGGAUAUCUUGUGAAAGAAGCCGGAUUCCCGCCAGGUGUAAUCAACUUCCUCAACGGUGAUGGAAGGAAAGCGGGUGCAGCCCUUGCACAGCAUAUGGACGUCGACAAAAUCGCCUUCACUGGCUCAACAGCCACCGGAAAAGAAAUCAUGAAGAUGGCGGCUGUAAACAUGAAGAACAUUACCCUUGAAACUGGAGGAAAGUCGCCGUUGGUUAUCUUUGACGAUGCUGAACUCGAUCAAGCGGUGAAAUGGGCACACACUGGUAUCAUGUACAACCAAGGCCAAGUGUGCACCGCGACAUCGCGCAUACUGGUACAGGAGGCUGUUUAUGAGAAAUUCAUCGAGUCUUUCAAAGCACAUGUCAAGAACACGUCCAUAGUCGGCGAUCCGUUCAAGGACGACACUUUCCAGGGGCCACAAGUUACCAAGGCUCAGUUUGAGCGCAUCCUAUCAUACAUUGAGUCUGGAAAGUCUGAGGGGGCUAAGCUUGUAGCCGGUGGAGAGGCUUACAAGAAUGUGGGCGGUAAGGGCUUCUUCAUCUCGCCUACCAUCUUCGUAGACGUCAAAGACCACAUGAAGAUUUACCGGGAAGAGGUUUUUGGCCCAUUUGUCGCCAUAAGCUCCUUCAAGACGGAGGAAGAGGCUAUUGAGCGCGCCAACGACACUUCAUAUGGUCUUGGAGCCGCGGUCUUUACCCAAAACAUCACCAAAGCACACCGUGUAGCUCGAGCGAUCGACGCUGGUAUGGUCUGGAUCAACUCAAGCAAUGACUCUGACAUUCGCAUUCCAUUCGGAGGCGUGAAGCAGAGCGGUAUCGGGAGAGAGCUUGGUGAAGCCGGCCUUGAGGCGUACACAAACAAGAAGGCAAUCCACGUGAAUCUUGGGACCAAGUUAUAGAGAACAGCAUUCUGUAUGAAUUGCAAGCGAGCUUCUAGGACACACAAAUAGCCUGAAUCUCUUGCCCAAGACUUCUCCAAACCAGGUCACGCGGGACCCAAGCCCCCGUCGUCGGGUCUCGGGCUUGGCGCCACGGCUUGGUGGUAGUCUCACGUCAUAUGUAUUAGCGACCGUUGAUGUACAUGCUCGAUAAUUUUCUAGCUAUGAACCACAAUGACUGAUGUGAGGCAUUUGCGCCUCUUUUAAAGCUC